AUGGAGCCCAACGCCUCGUCGCCUUCGGGCCCUGGGGCGCGAGAGCCAAAGCUCCGUCUUCCUUCGACCACUGACCCCCCAGGUCCUCAAAAUCCGCCAAAGCCGCUCGUGUGGUUGAUCUUCGGCGCGACCGGUCACAUGGGUCGCUCGCUAGUCAAGACCGCUUUGUCCCGGGAUGAUUUAGUUGCGGCGGUUGGGCGCACCUUCGAGGAUAGCCCCGAGCGCAUGAAGAAGCUGGAGGAGCAUGAAAACUGCCUAGGUCUCCUAUGUGAUGUGCGCGCCCGCGAGACGGUGCGGCGCGUCAUUGAGCGCACCAUCGAGCGGUUUGGUCGCAUUGACAUCAUCGCGAACUGCGCCGGAUACGGAGUGAUCGGCGCAUGCGAAGACCAGGACGAGUACGACAUCCGCGACCAAUUUGAGACGAAUUUCACCGGCACGCUGAACAUAAUUCAGCUAUCCUUGCCGCACUUCCGCGAGCGACGGGCCGGUCGCUAUCUGAUCUUCAGCUCGACCUCGGGCGCCCUGGGAGUACCGGGGCUAGGCCCGUACUGCGCCUCAAAGUACGCGGUCGAGGGGCUCAUGGAGAGCAUGCUUUACGAAGUGGACAGCUUCAACAUUAAGACGACGCUUGUGGAACCGGGCCACAUGCGCCGCGACGACGUGGGGGACCUCGUGUCGGCGGACGACCCCAUUGCGGCGCUGACGGCCAGUAAUCCCAAUGUCGACCUCGCGUCGCCACUGCCAUUGUACGGCCACUUCCUCGUCAAGCCGCCGAGCGAGCCGUACAACACAGCGACUUCCCCUGCGGCGCAUGCGAAACGCAUGCUGAUGUGGCUCGGCGAUAAACAGCCCGCCAGUGCUGUCAAAGCGGCCAAUCUAGUCUGGCAGCUGGGCCAUUGUUCCUAUCCUCCGCUGCGCCUUAUCCUGGGAACGUACGCCGUCGAGAGCAUCCGGGAUCGGCUAAAAUGUAUCAUCGAAGAGAUCGAAGACUGGAAAUACCUCAGUUUUCCGCAGGGAGAGCAGCCAGGCCCUUCGCCUGCGAAGGACAGGUCUUCGGGGCCUCAUGUCCAUGAAAGAGAAGACGGGGAGACGGCCACCUGA